AUGUUUUCUCGGAGGAAAACAGGAAGACUUGGCUACGACGUUGGUUACUACGUUGGUUACUACGUUGGCUACUACGUUGGUUACUACGUUGGUUACUACGUUGGCUACUACGUUGGCUACUACGUUGGUUACUACGUUGGCUACUACGUUGGCUACUACAUUGGUUACUACCUUGGCUACUACGUUGGCUACUACGUUGGCUACUACGUUGGUUACUACGUUGGCUACUACGUUGGCUACUACGUUGGUUACUACGAUGGCUACUACGUUGGCUACUACGUUGGUUACUACGUUGGUUACUACGUUGGCUACUACGUUGGUUACUACGUUGGCUACUACGUUGGCUACUACGUUGGCCACUAUGUUGGCUACUACGUUGGCUACUACGUUGGUUACUACGUUGGUUACUACGUCUACAUUGGUUACUACGUUGGUUACUACGUUGGCUACUACGUUGGCUACUACGUUGGUUACUACGUUGGCUACUACGUUGGCUACUACAUUGGUUACUACCUUGGCUACUACGUUGGCUACUACGUUGGCUACUACGUUGGUUACUACGUUGGCUACUACGUUGGCUACUAUGUUGGUUACUACGAUGGCUACUACGUUGGCUACUACGUUGGCUACUACGUUGGUUACUACGUUGGUUACUACAUUGGCUACUACAUUGGCUACUACGUUGGUUACUACCUUGGCUACUACGUUGGCUACUACGUUGGCUACUACGUUGGUUACUACGUUGGCUACUACGUUGGCUACUACAUUGGUUACUACGUUGGCUACUACGUUGGUUACUACGUUGGCUACUACGUUGGUUACUACGUUGGUUACUACGUUGGCUACUACUUCACCAGCUGA